AUGAUUUCUAAUGGAAAUGAUAAAAGAUUAAAUUGUACGUUUAAUGAUCUGUGCUGCUUUAUCAAAAGCAAACCACGUAAAGUAUUCCCAACCGACAUUUGGAAAUGCUUCUUUUUGUUGGUAUUGGGCCAUGCGUGGUGGUGUGAAGGUGUUGCUGCUUUGACUGUAAAAACAGGAUCGAAUAGUCAGAAGAGUUCAAUAUCAAUUCCAGCACCGGAACCAGUAAAAGAAACUGAAGUUCUGGAAAUAAUAUACAGCUUACAAACAGAGCUGAUCAAAGAUCUUGAUGUGACGGUAUGCAAUAUUUGGCAUGUUGGCCUUUAUAAAAGACUGAAUAAGUUUACGGAACAGUUUCAAAACGAUCACUAUCCAUAUUUGAAAAGAGCUCAACAAAAGGCUGAUAAGCAGGCCCUUUGGAAUACCUGCACACAAUACUUACACGAGAAUAAGAACAAAUAUACUAAGGAAACCCUGGAUCAACUUAUUCAUGGCUGCAUGCUGAAGGUUUAUUUAGAGCAUCUUGAUCUCGUGCUACCACCUGGGAGGUUUCAAAAAGAGAAGCCAGAACAAGCUAAAAAGGCGGCUUUGCGGGCCUUAAUGGACAUUGCUUUUAUCCUUAAGAACCAGCAACUAAUGGACGUGCCCGAGGCUUUUUCGUUGGAUCAUGUGCCUGCUGAACGUUUCUUUAACAUACUAGCUCUCCUUAUGCCUCCCCUAACACCCACAUAUAACCUUGAUUUUAUCUUUGCGGCACCACAUUUAUACAAUACACCUCUACGUUUCUUCAAAUGGAAGUUCUUUAACGGCGGCCUAUCAAAAGACGCAACACAGAAACUAACAACUUUCUUUGUGGACCAAAUCCAAUGCCUUUCUAAUGUAGAGACGGAAAGCAACCAAUGGCAGUACACCGAGACACUUAUGACACCAACUCUUGCCGCUCAUUUAAGGAAACUAUCUAUCUUCCGAGAUUUUAUAGACACAUCCAAUUGUUGGCUGAUAAUACAUAAACUUUACAUUAAGCAGAUUGGCAUGGGAGCAUGUUCUGCUAAUGAGCAAGAUCAUAGAGUUAAAGCUGCUGCUAAGAAAAUAGCAUCCAAAAAGAAGUUUAGCGACUCAACUGUCCACUGUCGGUUAUAUUCUUUUACAGAUUCUAGUGAAGUCGUAUUCUUAAGCUCCAAGGAGAAUCAGCUCUUUCUGCUCCCUGAUAGACUGGUUCUCAUACUAGAGACGUUAGAUGUGCCAGAAGACUUUUUCUUGUAUCUAUUCCAGACAAAGCCAUGUACAAAGAUUCACUUGAUUUUCGCUUCAUCUGUGGCCAAUGAUAAGGCCGGAAUAGAAAAAGUAACCCAGAUGUUUUCUAAGUCCAAGCACAAAAGGCGCUGUUUUUGGCCACUCGGCUAG